UAGAGACCAGAGACAACUAAUCUUUUACUACCGUAACAAAAGUAUUUUUUGUACUUUUCAGUAGUUGAUGAAUUUUUAAGUUUUUUUUUAUUAAUAAAUUCUAUUUGUAAUUUAUAUACCUUGUUUUUUUAAUUCUUUUUUUUAUAAACUUUUAUCUACCAAUUACAGAAAUGGGAGUUGAGAUUGAAACGAUUAAACCGGGUGAUGGUCAAACAUUCCCCAAAACAGGACAAACUGUUGUUGUACAUUAUACUGGUACAUUAGCUGACGGGUCAAAAUUUGACUCUUCUCGAGAUAGAGGUAAACCCUUCAAAUUUAGAAUAGGUAAAGGAGAAGUCAUUAAAGGCUGGGAUAAUGGUGUAGCUCAAAUGAGUGUAGGACAGCGUGCAAAAUUGAUUUGCUCACCUGAUUUUGCUUAUGGCUCACUAGGACAUCCUGGAAUUAUUCCACCGAAUGCCACUUUAACAUUUGAUGUAGAGCUUCUGAAACUGGAGUGAAUGAUGAUCAUGUUAUUCUCAUUUGUGCAUGGAUUUAGAAGUGCACACCAAUAUCCUAAACAAGUUUUAUUUCCAUUUCAUUUGUUUGCUUAUUGUUUGGAUAAGAAAAAUUCUUAUGUUUCUGCAUUUUUAAAUCAAUGUAUGCUUUUAUUUCUAUUUUUAACAUUAAGGUCAUUUCAUAAGUUAUUAAUAUUUUUUUUUUCUCUUUUAAAUGAGAGAUAAUUUUGUAUUGUUUUGUAUUUUGUUUUAUUUACAGUAUUUCACCUAACAAAUCUUGGCUGAUUUAUAUCUUGAUGAUACCAUGUUUCAUUUGAAAUUUUAUCUGGAAAAUAAGAUAUUUUUGGUUGUAUAAUCCCAUAUAAAAAUUUAAUGUUUGUGCUAUCAUUAUAAAAGCAACCUAUUUAUAAAUUAAAGUUUUUAAAUUAAAUGUUUCAAAUUUUGUGAUUUCUUGAUGUGUAGAUAUUAGUUUAUUCUUAAAAGUAUGCUUAAAUUUUGCUUAAUAUCUUUGUGCAUUCGUUUUCUUGUAGUAGCACCUAAUCUUAAAGCAUUGCAUUUAAAACUAUGUAGGUUUUGUUUUAUUUUUACUAUUAAAUAUAUUAAAUUAAUUUAACAGUGCAUUUGUUUUGCCUUCUAUUUUUCUUUUCCAUAAAUAUCUUGUGAUGGUUAAAUUGGGUGUGCUUAUUUCUAAGUAUGGUAAAAGUGGUAUGUAGACACUUGUUAAAAGUAGGGUUUCUGUCGAAUCAAUAUUUUCUCUUUUAUUGGAACUUUGAAGAUUAUUUUUAGUUUUACCUAUGCUUCUACCAAGUGUUAAUCAUUAGUUCUAAGUAUAUUUAUUAAUCAUAAAUUAUUAAAAAAAAAUUUUUUUUUGAUGCUUGUAAUUAGAAAAAUUAAAAUGCUUUUCCUUGUAGCUAAUAUUUUAUGUAGUCCUUGUUAUAGUGUUUUUCUGGGAUGCUAACCUCUACAGAUUUUACAAGUUAAAUUACAUAGCUAAUAAUGAACUUCUUUGAAUAAUUUGUAUUUGAAUAAUUAUUUUAAAAGGUGUGGGAUAUUUUGUAAGUUGAGUGUUUAAAAUAAACAGGAACUGUCGGAAAAGGAUUAAAAGAUUAUAAAUAGAUUUGGGAUAAAGAAAUUGUUGAUUAAGUAAAGUUAUCUGGUUGGCAUCCCUAUAUUGUAUGCUAUUUGUUUCGUUAUAACUAAUUAGUGUGUUCUAGACAUCUGCUAAGUACAAUAAGAUAUUCCUCGAAUCUUAUGAUUUAUGUGACAUGUGAUAAAUUUUCGAAACAAAAUAAAAGUGAGGUGAAUUUAUUUGUGUAUUCAUAUCGUGGUCUUGUGAUUAGUAAAUCUGAAUAGGUAUAGAUAAUUAUGUAAUUCCAUUACCUGCAGUAAGUAAAAAAAUAAAAUCUCUGAAGUAUUUUCUGCCAAACAUCAAGGAUAUAUGCAAUUUUUAAUUUAAAAUGCAACUGAUUAUUCUAAUCUUGCACUAUGAGGCCUUUUUCGCCUGCAUCAAAACAGUAAACUUUUUAUGUAUUUAAUUGGUCUGUUGUCAGUGAAUUGUAGAAUUGAUAUAUUCAUGCCUAUACAUAUGAAAUGUUUUUGUCUGUGCAUUUUGUCAGAUGCUAUGUACCCAUUUUUAUGAAUAUAAAUAAAAAAAAAUGUCCCUCUGCA